AUGACGGCCCGAAAGUUAGCGCCGCGGCCAAUCGGGGCGAAGAGGGAGCCGGCCAGGGAGCAGCCGCGGCAACAACAGAGGCGGCUGGGACUGCGCGUGCGCGCGGCGGCGGCGGCAGCAGGGGAGGGGAAACAGUUUCUGAUGCUUCAUGCAACUCCUGAUGCCUUGGGCCGUGAGGUCAUCCAGGGAGGUUCUGUUGCUGUGGUUGUGUUUGACAGAUGUGCGGCAAAAUUCCUCAGGGGUUCCGUGAAGAUGGUCGUUCCUGGGAGCACCACUGUAAUUCAGCCAGACCACAGUCUUGGAACUGAAUUGGGCCGAAGCUCAGCAGAGAAUUCAGUGAUGGGUCCUGAUGCAGAAUCCAUGGCUGAUCAGGUGGGCCCUGAGCUGGAAGAAGUGAGGAAAUUGCAAGAGCUUGUGAGGAGGCUUGAGCUCCAGAAUCAGCAGCUGAGAACUAGAAGCCUGCGAAGUGUGCCAGAGGCAAAAUUGCUGAGCCAAGCUGAUGCUGGAGUGGAUAAUUGCAAUUCCAGGCUCAACGGCAUGGAAAUGAAUAAUAGCAUCAACGCACUAAUGGACAAGCAGGAGUUGCAAAUAGUGGCAGACCUGCACUCGGCCCUGAGUAAAAUGAGAUCAGAAGCAGAGGAAAGCGGCGAGUUCUUAAAAAAGGACGUGGAGACCCCAGGACAGCACAGUUGUGAAAAAAGAUCUGACAAAGAGCCUUCCGGGGCAAAGUUUGUGAGCGGUACCCAGAUGCAGAACAGCGAGGCCAACACAAACGAUGUCUCUCGUUGGGAUUGCAACCACACAGUGUUGCUAGAAGAUUUCACCAGAGGUGUUGAGCCAGCGUUGCAAAUGAAGGAAACAAACACAAACGCGGAAGAUCUCUUGAACGAAACAACUCUGGAUGAAGUAGAAUUGCUGGAGUUAGAGAACGGCAGCGAUGAAGAGGACAGCUGGCUGUAUAUCUCUCCAAGAAACCCACCAACAGAUAAGAAGGAAUCUCCCCUGAAAUGGUGUAGACAGGUAUUGGAUCACCCUAGUCCUGAGACUGAGGCAGCUUGCCGUACCCUCAUCAGCAGACUUGACCAAGCCAGUAGGUGGAAAUCCCUGUAUUGCAGUCCAUUGGCGUCUCCAAGUGUGCAUAACUUGAAUACAGACUCAGGGUCCUGUAGCAAUGCACUAAACUCUCCUGGGCACUACAAAUCAACUAACAAACCACUACUAACUUGCGGUAGCUCAGGUUACUUGAACAUGCAUUCAGCUUUGAGCUCUCAGUCUUCUGUCGAUAGCGAACUUAGUACCUCAGACGACUCGAUUUCAAUGGGCUACAAACUGCAAGACUUGACUGACGUGCAAGUUAUGGCCCGCCUGCAGGAAGAAAGUCUUCGUCAGGAUUGUGCCUCCAGCUCAGCCUCCGUCUCCCGCCGCAGUUCCAGCGCCUCCCUACAUUCCUUGCGCAGAGGCACUUACAGCGACCAGGAUUUUGACACGUACAGCCUGGAAGACGAGGAUGACGACUGCUCUUUCCCCUAUCACAGCAGUCACAGAUACUCCCCAUCCCCACUCAGCUCCCCGCGGUGCCAGUCUCCCUCCACAAACACAGAUUACGGGAGGGCCACAAAUACCCGAAUUCGGCCCCCCCGGAGGACAGGGCAGAGCCCGAUGCAAGAUAAACUAAAGUAUUCUUCGAACGAAGAGGAACUGCGUCACAGUAUGCCUAAUCUGGCUAGGACCGGCCUGCGAUCUUUGGAGUCAGUGAGAAAUAGCCGGAGCCUGGACUCAGAUCUACAGAUUCCCAGUAGUCGGCUCUCUAGAAUCCAUCAGGAAUCCGCCAGUCUGACUCCGAAUAAGCUCCGCUAUUCUUCCAGUGCUGGGCAGUCCCCCCUGACACCUCGGCAGCCCGUGAAAGCGGGCCCCUGUGUGAAUGCUCUCCUAACCCCACGGCAGCCCGUUAGAGCUGCUGGAUAUGGUAGUCCAGCUGGCCGAGUCCGAAAACUACAGUCUUCCACGCUGACUCCAGGUGCUUCCAGUAGUGGCAGCUCAGUGUACCGAAGCAAUAGUAUGGCCGCCGGAGCAAAAAGCUCUCUUCCUAAAAACAAAGCAUCAGUUGCAGGAGCAUCCACUCUGAAGAGCAGGUUGACCCAGCCAGCCAAGCGGUGA